GACUGAAUGUUGUAAGUAACGAAAAUAUAAAAAUUCGUUUUUCUCAACAUGCGGAAAAGACAAGUAAUCAGACUGGAUGCUGGAAGACCAUGGGGCUUCCGACUUUGUGGAGGGGUAGGAACUGGACGACCAAUUUUGGUCCACAAGAUUCGACGAAAGAGCAAAUCACACAACAUAUUAUUUGAAGGAGACGUAGUGGACAGUAUCAACGGCCACGUGACCAAAGGUCUUACUCAUGAACAAACAAUCGACAUAGUUGACAAAGCUAGGGAUAUACUCGUCCUGGAAGUCACCAGGUGGGAAGAAAACCAGAAUAACGUAUCAUCUCAGGUUACUGGCAUCGCUUUGUCUUUGGAUAAAGUGAUGAUGACAGAGACUGAGGAAGAGAACUUAGAAGGACACAUAGCGUACAAAGAUCAGAGAAACGCUGACACCAUCUCUCGCGCGUCCCAGCUCCAAGAAGAAAAGUCUAGUGCACUGUGUUUACCAACUGUGAAUGUUUCUAUUCUUGGGUCGAAAGAUGCAAAAGAAAUCGCGCCAGCUUCAAGCGACCUGACCCCAAUGGAACAAUAUAGUAAACUGACGCUCCCUAACGAAGAACCUCUCACUCACGCUCGAGGUAUUUCCGAGGGCUUGUCGUCCAAAAAUGAAAGGCAAAAGAAAAAACCUCAAGGUUUUAGGGAGAACUUGCGCGAAAGGGGAACCAGUAAGAUUCGUCAAGAACAGUCGUCAUGUGUGUGGGAGGGUUGCAAGUCAGAUUCAAACCAUCCGCCUCAUAUGACAUCUAUAACUCCGACGUUUUCUGGUAACAGUGAGCCAGAAGAUCGCGUGGAUCUUACUCCGCCGUCCACUAUCGUCCCCGAAACGACCGAUAACUCUUUGGCUCCGAAGGGGCAAAUUACCACCAUUAUUACUCCAAUGUUUAAAGUGAAAAAAUUUGAUACAAAAACGACUAAGGACUUAAAUGAAUAUGUCUGGAAACCGCCAGGUUUUAAUUCACUACCACGCCCAAAAGAUGUCCCUUCAUUUUCUCAGAAGUUUUUGUCCACGUUUUCUUCAACAGCAACAACUACAGUCACAACAUCGACUACAACCCCAACGCUGACAUCAAAUGUAACCAUGGCACCGAAACAAGAGUUUAAAAAUACAAUCCAUUCAGACUUGGGGUCUGCUGACCAACAAGGAAAUCUAGAAAUUCAUAUUAAUCCACACGCCUACGAGCCUGCACCAGAAGCUGAAAUGGACUACUUCGAAAUGAUACCGAGAAAAAAAAAGAUGUUCUCAUCCUCGAGUUUCUACGAGGAGCCGAACGCCAUCUACCCGACCGUCGAAGAACAAGUUAAGCUGUGCAGAAAGAUUGCUGGUUCACUCUCCUCUGAAACCAACAUGAAAUCCAGAGGAGCUAACAUGUUCUUUAAACGGGUAAAACGAUCCCAGAAAUGGGUACAUGAAGGUCCAGAUCCCGUAAGCGACGGAGAGGCUGGUAGGAAGAGAGAAAAUGGAACUACCGAACUACCAACUUAUGACUUCAUGAACGCCCCCUACAUUAAAGUGGGUAAAGAUCCUCCUAAACUAAAACUAAUUCUCGAUCCUCGUCACAUUCAAGAUGCAGUUCGUUUGAGGAAAGAAGGGAAGAAUAUCAGUGAACAUAAUGUCGUGAGUCCAGACGUGUGUUUGGGCAUUGUAAAAGAUCUCUACGGUACCGUCGGCAAAGGGGCGGCGAUGUUUGCAAAACGUAAGAAAAAGUCAGAAGAAUGGGUUGUAGAUGAAGGAAAAAUUAAGGCCUUACUUUCUAAGAAAGAAUAUGAGACAGCGCUCCCUGUUGACCAUAGAAAAACAAAUCGCCCACGUCCGUCUUUAGAAACCCCAACACAACCAUCUAGACUCCAGGAAAUGACAAAGAGAACGCGCUUUAAACUCGUAAAAAGUCCGUGGGAGGCGGCUCUUGAGUCGCCGUUUGGUAGUUGUGAUGCAGCCUUUGUGGAAGUUAUGCCUCAUAACGAAUUAAACUCUAUAGCUGAAACUAUUAUUCGAGCAGCUGAAACCAAAACUACAACGCCACCUGUAAAAAUCGAAAAAGAGACGAAACCAGCUACUUCUGAGCCGUUUCCUACUCCGACAGUUCGAUUACCACAGACUAAAAACUAUGAUCUCUAUCGGCCCAGGGCACCUCGGGGAUGGACCGGUUACUCCGCAGCGAGUUCCAACGUACAUUGUGCCCAGGACCCUGUAUUACCUCUACCUCCAGAAACACACCAGGAGCUUACCUUCAGCAAGUUCCAGAAAAAAGAUUUUAGGAACUUCAACAGGACCCCGAAAUCGUGGUCAUUUAUAACAUCAGAAGAAACUUUUGUCCCCUUUAAACCUGUAAAAUUCCCCCUUGGUCAUUGUAUCUGAUUUCUGAAUACCUUGAGCUUUUGACGACGUUUUACAGCAAUAAACUUUACCAAUUAUCCAGGCUGUGAAUAAAGAAUAUAACUUCAA